UCAACAAUGCCUUCCCUUCACUAGCUACAUCUUUACUACACUUAGGGCUGCAGUGUCUGCUGUGUUUAAAGCAGUCAGAUCACCAUUUCAUACGUGCAGCUCUAAGCUCAGAGGGACAGGGCGAGGGAGAGACUCCCAGCUCAUGUGGGCUGCAGCUGUGACAAGGAUGGACAGACUGCUUUUCUGGUGCACUCUUCUGGCCUCCUCUGCCACUUUCCAGGCAGUGUCCAUGGAGCAAGGUGCUGUGCCCUCGUGCCCACCUCAGUGCCACUGUGAAGAAGAUGGCAUAAUGCUCUCAGUGGAUUGCUCAGAGCUGGGACUCUCUGAAGUCCCUGCUAACUUGAGUCCUCUAACGGCUUACCUUGAUCUGAGCAUGAACAACAUUAGCGAACUGCAGCCCAACACUUUUCAUCAUAUGCGCUUCCUGGGGGAGCUGCGCCUCUCUGGAAACCAGCUCUUCAGGAUCCCAGGGGAAGCCUUUUCUGGCCUCUACAGUUUGAAGAUUUUGAUGCUGCAGAACAACCAGCUCAGACGGAUCCCUGCAGAGGCACUGAGGGAUCUUCCAAACCUCCAGUCUCUACGCCUGGAUGCAAACCUUAUCUCUCUGGUGCCAGAGAAGAGCUUUGAGGGACUGCCAUCCUUACGUCACCUGUGGCUGGAUGAUAACGCUCUGACCGAGAUCCCUGUCCAAGCUCUCAACAACCUUCCAGCCCUGCAGGCCAUGACGCUGGCUCUCAACCAAAUUGGGCACAUUCCUGACUAUGCCUUCCAGAAUCUCAGCAGUCUCGUGGUGCUUCACCUCCACAACAACCGAAUCCAGAGCCUGGGGACCAAUGGCUUUGAAGGCCUGCACAGCCUGGAAACUUUGGACCUGAACUACAAUGAGCUGUUGGAAUUCCCUGUGGCCAUCAGGACCUUGGGCCGACUGCAGGAGCUGGGUUUCCAUAACAACAACAUCAAGGCUAUUCCAGAGAAGGCAUUUGUUGGGAACCCGUUACUCCAAACCAUACAUUUUUAUGGCAAUCCUAUCCAGUUUGUUGGACAGUCCACUUUCCAGUUCUUGCCAAAGCUGCACACCCUGUCCCUAAAUGGAGCAACAGACAUCAGAGAAUUCCCAGACCUUAAAGGAACUACCAGCCUAGAAAUAUUGACCUUGACCCGGGCAGGGAUUCAUUUGCUUCCCAGAGGGAUGUGCCAGCAACUACCCAGCCUCCGAGUCCUUGAACUCUCUCACAACCAAAUAGAAGAGCUGCCCAGUUUCCACAGGUGUCAGCAGCUAGAAGAAAUCGGCCUCCAGCACAAUAGGGUCCGUGAAAUCAGAGCAGACACCUUUGGGCAGUUAAUGGCCUUGCGCUCCAUAGACCUAAGCUGGAAUUGCAUCCACUUCAUCCAUCCUGAGGCCUUUGUGACCCUCCACUCACUCACCAAGCUAGACUUGACUGACAACCAGCUGGUCACCUUGCCACUGGAUGGUUUGGGUGGCCUAACCCAUCUGAAGCUCCAAGGCAACCCUGCACUAUCUGAGCCCUUCACCAAGGAAAGUUUCCCCAAAAUGAGAGUCCUAGAGGUGCCCUACGCUUACCAGUGUUGCGCCUAUGGAGCCUGCAGCAAUUUCUUUAAGCUAUCCAAUCAGUGGGAAGCAGAAGACAUGAACCCUGAGGAUGAGGACCUCCACAAGAGGACAGUGGGAUUUUUUCCUGGUCACGCCGAUAACCACUAUGACCUAGACAUAGAUGACUUCCAGCUGGAGCUUGAGGAGUCAAAGCUGCACCCCACUAUUCAGUGCACCCCCAGCCCUGGUCCCUUCAAGCCCUGCGAUCACUUGUUUGAGAGCUGGGUCAUCCGCCUGGGUGUCUGGGCCAUUGUGCUGGUCUCAGUGCUGUGCAAUGGGCUGGUUGUCUUAGCCAUCUUCGCCUCACCUGGUUACCUCUCACCAGUCAAGUUUGUCAUUGGCUCCAUAGCUGGGGCUAACAUGCUGACAGGCAUUUACUGCAGUAUGCUGGCCUUCGUUGAUGCCCUGACAUAUGGGCAGUUUGCCAAGUACGGUGCCAGGUGGGAGACAGGCGUGGGCUGCAGGGUGACAGGGUUCAUGUCCGUGUUUGCCUCAGAGACUGCCGUCCUCCUGCUGACCCUGGCUGCUGUGCAGUGUAGCAUUUCAGUCUCUGGCAUCCGAGUGUAUGGAAAGUCACCCUCCUUCAGCAGUGUCAAGGCAGCUGCCCUGUGCUGCCUGGUGCUGGCUUCUAUGGCUGCAGCACUGCCUCUCUUCUCUGUUGGCGAAUAUGGAGCAUCUCCUCUCUGCCUCCCAUAUCCCAUCCCAGAUGGUAAAUCUUCAACUUUAGGCUUCAUGGUGGCCCUGGUAAUGAUGAACACACUCUGCUUUCUGAUCAUCACUGGCACCUACAUCUGGCUCUACUGCAACCUACUCAAAGGGGAGCUUGACACCAUCUGGGACUGUGCUAUGAUCAAGCACGUAGCCUGGUUGAUCUUCACCAACUGCCUCCUCUACUGCCCGGUGGCCUUUCUCACCUUCUCCUCCAUGCUCAACCUCUUCCUCAUCACUCCUGAGGUCAUCAAAUCUGUCCUGCUAGUGGUGCUGCCCUUGCCAGCCUGCCUAAACCCCCUGCUUUACCUGCUCUUCAAUCCUCACUUCAGAGAUGACCUGCGCCUGCUGAGACAAAAAGGCCAGGGCAAGGAAAGAUGCUCCCAGUCCUACGCCUCCGAUGACAUGGAGAAGAGCUCAUAUGACUCCACCCAAGCUCUAGUGACCUUCUCCGACAUGGACCAUAUGUUUGAGGCUCCUGACACCCUCAGCGUGCACCCCAUUCUGGAGACAUACAGUUUCCCCUCCAUGACUCUCAUCCCCUGCCAGCAAAGGAUGGGUACCAGAGGAAAAGAGAGAAGCUACUCAGCCCACCACCCCUGCCUGAAUGAUGAUGAGCUGUUAAUUGCCUCAGAGAGCAGAGACCCAGCCAGCAGCAGUCUCCGGAUAGACUUCUUCCCCUCCCCACCCACGCCAUCCUAUACCUCUCACUUAUAAACUACAAAGUGGCCAUGCAGAGCAGCCCCCUGCCCAAAGAACUGAGAAGGAGCCCCAGCUUGGGGCAGCCAGCAGGGCAGGAGACAGGCUGCUUCACAUAAGGUAUCAAUACACCCCACCAUCACGUAACUGUUGUUAGCACCAGCAUGGUAAGCCUGACAUUGCACAUAGAAGGGCCCUGCAUGAGCUGCCAUGCCAGAGGCUCAAGGGCCUUGAGACUGAGACUCCUGCAUGAGUGUAAAAGGAAUCACCCUUUCUCUUGCUUGCAAAUACAUGCGGGGAACCCACUAGCUAAGGGCAUGUGUCACAGAAACUUUCCUCCCAGGGGUGCCCCAGUCAUGGCCGUAGCAUGACAAGGCAGAAAAAACAUCUAAGGAGAGCAUAAAUGUGUGGCAAAGAACCCAGACACGUCCCCAAGGGAAUGGUAGAGUAGGAGCUCUCCAGAGACCAGAGGCAGUGCCAUGGCCACAGAGCUUGCCCUGCUGCCCUCCGACACAGUGCCUACCCAUACCAACUUUGACAGGGCAGCUCUGAAGCUAGCCCAGCACUCUGUCCUAAUCGCCAAGUCCCCUGGUAGAAGUGUCCUGGGAGAGGAAGGGGGAGGGUACAGAAGAGCCAACAAGUGGGAGGGAAGCGGCAGUAGACAGAAAAUGUAGCUGCCUGGCAGUAGUGGGAUGGAACUGAGGCCACUGCAGGUUGUAUAAUUCAUGUGCUCAGCACCGCACAGUGCCCCAGGAAGCUGGUCAGUACCUUCCCCAUUGUACAGGCAGGAAUUCCAAGACUGAUCAUGCAGGUAAAUAGUUUUUUGGUUUUUUUUUAAAUAGCUGCAGUGCUUCAUUACCUCCAUUUUGGGAGCACAGUUUGGGAUACCUGGAAGUCAGAACAGUGGUGAAUGCCCCCAAAACAGAGGUACACAAAUCCAAGAGAUGUGGCUUUAGAGACAUGGCUGUGUGUGCCUUGUUCAGAGGACCACAGCAAGUCACCUGGGAGCCAGUACUGGAACUUAGGACUCCAUGUCCCCUGGGGUAACACCCCAGACCAAGCUGCCUCCGUACUCUGGAGCCGGACAGUGUUUGAUAUGGGGAUUUUGCUGAGAGCUACAAGGUAUUGGGUCAGUGUAAAGAAAAUAAUACUAAGGGAAUAGACUACUCCCAACCUGUGCCCUUGUCACCCCAGCACCUCCCACCUGAGAAGUUUUCAGUGCUAGGUUUCUUGUCCUCCAUGUACCAUGGCAGGACAGGAGGAUGCGUUUCUCCUUCCCUCCCUGCUGAGCAACAAAUCUGGAAGGAAUGGGGGUGUGGGAGUGGUGAGCAACAGAGCAGAAUGACAAAGUCAGGAGGCUACUGGGAACAUUUACAGAUCGGCUCAGUGAAGCUCAAGGACCUCCCUGAAACUAAGCAUGCUGGCCCAC